AUGUCCACCGCUCUCCACUUGGCCAAGAUCCCCCUUCUCUUGUGCCCCAUGAUGCACUCCUCCGCCGCGAUCAACAUGACGGGGGACGGCUUGGGCGGGCUGUUGCUCUUGGAGCUGGCCGGCCACAACAGGCCAGCGUUGCGCUUUGCCGUGAAGAACAACUUCAUUGGGAGGCGCGAAGUUCUCAUUCCUUCGCACGAGCAUGCGGAGGAGCUCUUCCCCGAGCUAAGCUUUGGGCAGGACGUGCAGGCGUCGGCUGGCCGAAAGCUGCCACUUGCGGCGCUUGCAGCCUCGGACCUCACCGUGGCGCGGGUUUCCGUGGGCUUGGCGCUGGCGCCAGAAGGCGCCAGCGUCGUGGUGGAGGCGCAAGCGCUGCAGAACGUUCUGUCCGCUUUGGGCAACCCCACCAUCCACGUGAAGGAUAAGACCACGGGCGAGGUGCUAUCUACGAUGAGCAUCAGUGGCUGUGUGCCUCCACGCGAAUAUCUGGUCUACGAGGGCGGCUCCUCUGCCAGCCUCCUCAAUGAAGCACGCCAGCUACGCGCGGAGCUCCCGGUGGAGGGCGGAGCCCAGCAGCCGGCUGGGGACUUCACGGUGGAGCUGGAGGCCAGCGCCGGGGACUGCGGCGUCGCCCAGCCCUGGGUGAAGAUGCGCUGGAGGGCCCUGGGCCCCGAGGCCAUUUUCAACGAUGCAACGACGGAUGCAGCUCUCGCGGCGACAACCAGUACCACGCUGCCUCAGACUACCACAGAGGAAGAGGUGGGCGCCGUGUCCUUGGUGGCUUCCAUCAACUUCAAGGUGGAGGGCUUGUCCUUCCGUCAGCUGGUGGCCGAUGAAGCUCUGCUGGAGCAGUUUGAGUCGGUGCUGCGAGGAGCCCUGCAAUCUGCCGCGCAGAGGGCUGGGCACGUUUCUCAGGACUUGGAUGUGCAGCUCUCUGCUGGAUCGGUGGUUGUUCAGGCACGAAUGACGCCAGCAGUGUUUGACGGGGACAGCCGGUCCAGCGUCACCGAGUCUUUGGUUCAAGGCCUUCACUCGCAGGCUGAGUCGCUGCAGCAGGGCCUGAUCAGCCAACUGGCAGGGAUCGAAGAUCUGCGCUCCAUGAGGAGAAUGCUUGCCAUCUACAAGGUGAGUUUGGCGCAUGUGGUGGCGCCGCAGGCAGGAGACUACGACGGCACCAGCGGAGGAGAGCUGGUGCCGUUGUGGGCCUUGAUCGCGGUGGCAGUGUUCUCCGUGUGUGUCAUGAUCGUGGCCUUCAUCGCCAUGACGGUGCAACGCCGCUGGCGCCACAAGGAACGGCAGCGCCAGGGCCGCUGGGCGGGCAGCGGGGACCCCAUUACCAUGACGCGCAGGGUGCGCGCCAUCACCCGGCGCGCCACCGCCUUCCGAAACCUCGGCUGGAAGAGCGCAGGCGCCCCCAAGUCGGGGCCGGGCAGCAUGGCCGUGAUCCCCACCGGCACCGCAGACACCCGGGAGCGUGAGGAAGAGAAGUCUGAGAUAAAGUCGGAGAUGAAGUACGUAUCUGAGGGCAAAUCUGACUGGAAGUCCGAGAAGACGGACACUUGCAGGUCCCAGUCCAAGGACUCGCCACAGAAGACGAAGAGCUCCGAGAUGAAGCAGGCCGCCGAUGUAGCUUUGCACCGAGACAAGGCUGUGGGGGCAACCGGCGCCAUGGAGCUGGAGGUCCGCCUGGCCAGCGGCAGAGGCUGCCGCGUGCCGCUGCCCGCGGCGGCGAGGCUGCGGGACCUGAAGGCGGCGGCGCAGCGGCGCCUGGGGCGGCGGUUCCUGCGCUUUGCCGCGCGAGGCCACCCGCUGGACGACCCGGAGCUCCUGUUGAGCGCUUUGGACCUCGGACCUGGACACGCGGUGGAGGCCAUCGCUUUGUCCGCUGACCUGGCGGCGGCAGAGAACUGCUUCGCGCUCUUCGUCCGAGGCGGCGCCGUGGCCUGCUGGGGCUGCCAGACCGUGUCUGGCGAGCUGGAGGCCCUGAAGAAGCGGCAGCUGCGCGUGCAGCGCGUGGUGGCCACGGAUUUUGCCUUCGCGGCCCUUUUGGAGGAUCAGACCGUGGUGACUUGGGGCAUGCCCGAAUGUGGUGGAAGCAUCGACCACGUUCGAGAGCGCUUAACGCAAGUCCGGCAGAUCUGGGCAACCAGCGGCGCCUUUGCAGCUUUGAAAGAGGAUGGCACCGUGGUGACUUGGGGCGCUGGUCAUUUUGGCGGAGAAAGUGAUGGGAUUCAGCUGACACAGGUGCACAGGAUCCAAGUUUCUGGCGGUGCAUUUGCUGCAGUGAAGGAAGAUGGCGCUGUGGUGACCUGGGGCCAUCCAAACUUUGGCGCGGACAGCAGCCCAGCUCGUGAGCAGCUUGUGAAUGUCCAGGAUGUGCAAGCAAGCACGUUUGCAUUUGCUGCCAUUUUGCAAGAUGGAACGGUUGUUACUUGGGGGAACUUGUAUGAUGGUGGAGAUAGCAGCGGGGUGCAAGAUAAACUAGUGCAGGUCAAGCAGAUCAAAGGAAGUAAGAGCGCUUUUGCUGCCAUCUUGGAAGAUGGAUCCGUUGUGACGUGGGGACAUACACAAUGCGGAGGGGACAGCAGCCCUGUGCAAGAGCAACUGAGACACGUCCAGCAAAUCCAAGCAACAGAACGUGCUUUUGCAGCCAUUUUGGGCAAUGGUUCUGUUGUCACUUGGGGCGAUCUGAGUUAUGGCGGCGACAGCAGCCAGGUGCAAGAUCGACUGUCCUUUGUCCAGCAGAUCCAAGCGAGCCACGGUGCCUUUGCAGCGAUUCUGGCAGAUUGCUCCGUUGUGACCUGGGGCCAUCCGGACUACGGCGGUGACAGCAAACACGUGCAAGAGCAGCUUGUUCGGGUUCAGUGCAUCCAAGCGACUCACAAGGCAUUUGCGGCCAUAUUGGAGGAUGGCUUUGUGGUAACCUGGGGCCAAGCCGACUAUGGAGGAGACAGCAGUCAGGUGCAGCACGAGCUGGACUGUUUGUAA